AUGGAGGAGGCAAAUUCAGAAUACCUGAAAAAGCAACUCGAGGAACAGCGGGACAAGGUGACAGCCAUCAACACGGAAAAGGACAAUCUGAUUCUUCAGGUCACAGAUCUGACCUCUGAUCUCCAGAACAAAGACCAGAACCUGAGAGACAAGGAAAAUGAGAUUCAGGAGCUAAAGUCACAGAGAGAAGAAAGUGAGAUGAAGCUGCAAAAGAAAUGUGACCAAGUGAAUGAGUUACACUCUGCCUGGAUGGGUCAGAUCGACGACUACCGAGACCACCUGGUCUCAAACACUCGCAGCCUUGAAUCAAAAGUAGACUCCUUAACAAGUGCCUUGAGGCGCAAAGAAGAUGAAUACGGUGAACUGCUGGAGGACAACGAGCUUAAAUGCAGCCACGUCGAUGAGCUACUCAAAGUCCAGAGGCGUGACAGGGACGAAUACCAGGAUCACCUGGCCAGAUGUCAGACAAACACUCAGUCCCUAGAAGAAGAAGUGCAUUUAGUCAGAAAUGCAUUAGAAAUGGAGGAGGCAAAUUCAGAAUACCUGAAAAAGCAACUCGAGGAACAGGGGGACAAGGUGACAGCCAUCAACACGGAAAAGGACAAUCUGAUUCUUCAGGUCACAGAUCUGACCUCUGAUCUCCAGAAAAAAAACCAGAACCUGAGAGACAAGGAAAAUGAGAUUCAGGAGCUAAAGUCACAGAGAGAAGAAAGUGAGAAGAAGCUGCAAAAGAAAUGUGACCAAGUGAAUGAGUUACACUCUGCCUGGAUGGGUCAGAUGGACGACUACCGAGACCACCUGAUCUCCUGUGACUCAAACACUCGCAGCCUUGAAUCAAAAGUGGACUCAAUAAGAAGUGCCUUGAGGCGCAAAGAAGAUGAAUACGGUGAACUGCUGGAGGACAACGAGCUUAAAUGCAGCCACGUCGAUGAGCUACUCAAAGUCCAGAGGCGUGACAGGGACGAAUACCAGGAUCACCUGGCCAGAUGUCAGACAAACACUCAGUCCCUAGAAGAAGAAGUGCAUUUAGUCAGAAAUGCAUUAGAAAUGGAGGAGGCAAAUUCAGAAUACCUGAAAAAGCAACUCGAGGAACAGGGGGACAAGGUGACAGCCAUCAACACGGAAAAGGACAAUCUGAUUCUUCAGGUCACAGAUCUGACCUCUGAUCUCCAGAACAAAGACCAGAACCUGAGAGACAAGGAAAAUGAGAUUCAGGAGCUAAAGUCACAGAGAGAAGAAAGUGAGAAGAAGCUGCAAAAGAAAUGUGACCAAGUGAAUGAGUUACACUCUGCCUGGAUGGGUCAGAUGGACGACUACCGAGACCACCUGAUCUCCUGUGACUCAAACACUCGCAGCCUUGAAUCAAAAGUGGACUCAAUAAGAAGUGCCUUGAGGCGCAAAGAAGAUGAAUACGGUGAACUGCUGGAGGACAACGAGCUUAAAUGCAGCCACGUCGAUGAGCUACUCAAAGUCCAGAGGCGUGACAGGGACGAAUACCAGGAUCACCUGGCCAGAUGUCAGACAAACACUCAGUCCCUAGAAGAAGAAGUGCAUUUAGUCAGAAAUGCAUUAGAAAUGGAGGAGGCAAAUUCAGAAUACCUGAAAAAGCAACUCGAGGAACAGGGGGACAAGGUGACAGCCAUCAACACGGAAAAGGACAAUCUGAUUCUUCAGGUCACAGAUCUGACCUCUGAUCUCCAGAACAAAGACCAGAACCUGAGAGACAAGGAAAAUGAGAUUCAGGAGCUAAAGUCACAGAGAGAAGAAAGUGAGAAGAAGCUGCAAAAGAAAUGUGACCAAGUGAAUGAGUUACACUCUGCCUGGAUGGGUCAGAUGGACGACUACCGAGACCACCUGAUCUCCUGUGACUCAAACACUCGCAGCCUUGAAUCAAAAGUGGACUCAAUAAGAAGUGCCUUGAGGCGCAAAGAAGAUGAAUACGGUGAACUGCUGGAGGACAACGAGCUUAAAUGCAGCCACGUCGAUGAGCUACUCAAAGUCCAGAGGCGUGACAGGGACGAAUACCAGGAUCACCUGGCCAGAUGUCAGACAAACACUCAGUCCCUAGAAGAAGAAGUGCAUUUAGUCAGAAAUGCAUUAGAAAUGGAGGAGGCAAAUUCAGAAUACCUGAAAAAGCAACUCGAGGAACAGGGGGACAAGGUGACAGUCAUCAACACGGAAAAGGACAAUCUGAUUCUUCAGGUCACAGAUCUGACCUCUGAUCUCCAGAACAAAGACCAGAACCUGAGAGACAAGGAAAAUGAGAUUCAGGAGCUAAAGUCACAGAGAGAAGAAAGUGAGAAGAAGCUGCAAAAGAAAUGUGACCAAGUGAAUGAGUUACACUCUGCCUGGAUGGGUCAGAUGGACGACUACCGAGACCACCUGGUCUCCUGUGACUCAAACACUCGCAGCCUUGAAUCAAAAGUAGACUCCUUAACAAGUGCCUUGAGGCACAAAGAAGAUGAAUACGGUGAACUGCUGAAGGACAACGAGCUUAAAUGCAGCCACGUCGAUGAGCUACUCAAAGUCCAGAGGCGUGACAGGGACGAAUACCAGGAUCACCUGGCCAGAUGUCAUACAAACACUCAGUCCCUAGAAGAAGAAGUGCAUUUAGUCAGAAAUGCAUUAGAAAUGGAGGAGGCAAAUUCAGAAUACCUGAAAAAGCAACUCGAGGAACAGGGGGACAAGGUGACAGCCAUCAACACGGAAAAGGACAAUCUGAUUCUUCAGGUCACAGAUCUGACCUCUGAUCUCCAGAACAAAGACCAGAACCUGAGAGACAAGGAAAAUGAGAUUCAGGAGCUAAAGUCACAGAGAGAAGAAAGUGAGAAGAAGCUGCAAAAGAAAUGUGACCAAGUGAAUGAGUUACACUCUGCCUGGAUGGGUCAGAUGGACGACUACCGAGACCACCUGAUCUCCUGUGACUCAAACACUCGCAGCCUUGAAUCAAAAGUGGACUCAAUAAGAAGUGCCUUGAGGCGCAAAGAAGAUGAAUACGGUGAACUGCUGGAGGACAACGAGCUUAAAUGCAGCCACGUCGAUGAGCUACUCAAAGUCCAGAGGCGUGACAGGGACGAAUACCAGGAUCACCUGGCCAGAUGUCAGACAAACACUCAGUCCCUAGAAGAAGAAGUGCAUUUAGUCAGAAAUGCAUUAGAAAUGGAGGAGGCAAAUUCAGAAUACCUGAAAAAGCAACUCGAGGAACAGGGGGACAAGGUGACAGCCAUCAACACGGAAAAGGACAAUCUGAUUCUUCAGGUCACAGAUCUGACCUCUGAUCUCCAGAACAAAGACCAGAACCUGAGAGACAAGGAAAAUGAGAUUCAGGAGCUAAAGUCACAGAGAGAAGAAAGUGAGAAGAAGCUGCAAAAGAAAUGUGACCAAGUGAAUGAGUUACACUCUGCCUGGAUGGGUCAGAUGGACGACUACCGAGACCACCUGAUCUCCUGUGACUCAAACACUCGCAGCCUUGAAUCAAAAGUGGACUCAAUAAGAAGUGCCUUGAGGCGCAAAGAAGAUGAAUACGGUGAACUGCUGGAGGACAACGAGCUUAAAUGCAGCCACGUCGAUGAGCUACUCAAAGUCCAGAGGCGUGACAGGGACGAAUACCAGGAUCACCUGGCCAGAUGUCAGACAAACACUCAGUCCCUAGAAGAAGAAGUGCAUUUAGUCAGAAAUGCAUUAGAAAUGGAGGAGGCAAAUUCAGAAUACCUGAAAAAGCAACUCGAGGAACAGGGGGACAAGGUGACAGUCAUCAACACGGAAAAGGACAAUCUGAUUCUUCAGGUCACAGAUCUGACCUCUGAUCUCCAGAACAAAGACCAGAACCUGAGAGACAAGGAAAAUGAGAUUCAGGAGCUAAAGUCACAGAGAGAAGAAAGUGAGAAGAAGCUGCAAAAGAAAUGUGACCAAGUGAAUGAGUUACACUCUGCCUGGAUGGGUCAGAUGGACGACUACCGAGACCACCUGGUCUCCUGUGACUCAAACACUCGCAGCCUUGAAUCAAAAGUAGACUCCUUAACAAGUGCCUUGAGGCACAAAGAAGAUGAAUACGGUGAACUGCUGAAGGACAACGAGCUUAAAUGCAGCCACGUCGAUGAGCUACUCAAAGUCCAGAGGCGUGACAGGGACGAAUACCAGGAUCACCUGGCCAGAUGUCAUACAAACACUCAGUCCCUAGAAGAAGAAGUGCAUUUAGUCAGAAAUGCAUUAGAAAUGGAGGAGGCAAAUUCAGAAUACCUGAAAAAGCAACUCGAGGAACAGGGGGACAAGAAAAAAAACCAGAACCUGAGAGACAAGGAAAAUGAGAUUCAGGAGCUAAAGUCACAGAGAGAAGAAAGUGAGAAGAAGCUGCAAAAGAAAUGUGACCAAGUGAAUGAGUUACACUCUGCCUGGAUGGGUCAGAUGGAUGACUACCGAGACCACCUGGUCUCCUGUGACUCAAACACUCGCAGCCUUGAAUCAAAAGUAGACUCCUUAACAAGUGCCUUGAGGCACAACGAAGAUGAAUACGGUGAACUGCUGGAGGACAACGAGCUUAAAUGCAGCCACGUCGAUGAGCUACUCAAAGUCCAGAGGCGUGACAGGGACGAAUACCAGGAUCACCUGGCCAGAUGUCAGACAAACACUCAGUCCCUAGAAGAAGAAGUGCAUUUAGUCAGAAAUGCAUUAGAAAUGGAGGAGGCAAAUUCAGAAUACCUGAAAAAGCAACUCGAGGAACAGGGGGACAAGAAAAAAAACCAGAACCUGAGAGACAAGGAAAAUGAGAUUCAGGAGCUAAAGUCACAGAGAGAAGAAAGUGAGAAGAAGCUGCAAAAGAAAUGUGACCAAGUGAAUGAGUUACACUCUGCCUGGAUGGGUCAGAUGGACGACUACCGAGACCACCUGAUCUCCUGUGACUCAAACACUCGCAGCCUUGAAUCAAAAGUGGACUCAAUAAGAAGUGCCUUGAGGCGCAAAGAAGAUGAAUACGGUGAACUGCUGGAGGACAACGAGCUUAAAUGCAGCCACGUCGAUGAGCUACUCAAAGUCCAGAGGCGUGACAGGGACGAAUACCAGGAUCACCUGGCCAGAUGUCAGACAAACACUCAGUCCCUAGAGGAAGAAGUGCAUUUAGUCAGAAAUACAUUAGAAAUGGAGGAGGCAAAUUCAGAAUACGUGAAAAAGCAACUCGAGGAACAGGGGGACAAGGAGGUGCACUCGGCCCUCUUCGACUCCAACAGACCUCAAUCGCAAGCCAAAUCCCUCGCAAGCACCUCAGACCUGGAGGCGGAGUCCACUAAUCUGACAAAGAAAGCCGAGGAACAGGUGGAUGAGGUCACAGCCAUCACAGAAAAGGAGAGUUUGAUGGUGCAGGUCAGAAAGCUGACCUCUGAGCUCCGACAGAUAGAUCAAGACCUGACAGCCAAGCAGAAUAAGGUUCAGGAAUUGAAAAUCAGUCUCAAGUUACAGGCUGAAAAAAGUCAGACGGCGUUGCAAAAGCAGUCUGACCGAGUCAAUGUGCUUUACCGUAGCUUGAGUAAUCAGAUACUGAAACACAACAAGAGCCUGGAAGACUGGGGGAAAGACACUGACAACCGUAACUCCAAAAUAGAAUCACUCACAGAAGACUUGAAGCGCAGAAAGGCUCAGUACAGUGAACUGCUGAAGGAAAAGGAGCUUCUAUACAGCCAGGUUGACGAGCUGCUGAAAGUCCAGAGGUGUGAGAGGAAUGAGUACCAGGAACACCUGGCCAGAUUUCAAACACUCAACAGACCUGAUGUCUGA